AUGCCAGGACCAAAUAAGGCCACGGAUAGACGGUCAAGCGUCAUUCGGCAGCUGACCGAAGAGGAAAGUUCAGCAGCGGGUUGCUGUCCCUUAUGCGAUCGCCCCGAUGUGGCCGAUAAGUGGAUGGUGCAGUGCGAAUUAUGCGAGAGAUGGUUUCACUUCUCAUGUGCUAAGGUGAACGAAAGUGUGAAGGACCGAAGCUUUGCCUGCACCGCAUGCGCACUUCCCCCAGGUCCGGAAUCCGUAAGGACGGGGAUAUCCAGUACCAGUUCAGCAAGGAGACGAUUGGAGCUUCUACGACUGGAGGAGGAAAGGGACAUCCAAGAAAGGAUCCUGAGGGAACACGCGGAAGAAGAAGCGGCUCUGCAGAAGAAGGCGCAGGAGGAAGAGAAGGAGCGAAGGAAGAGGAUUAUGAAGGAGAAACUGGAGAUAGCGAGACGUUACAUCGGAAAGAAGUACGAAGUACUACAGGAAGAGGAGCGGUCAAACGAUGACAGGAGCCGAAGAAGCAACAUAAGCACGCGGAACAAACUCGACAAUGUUCAGAAAUGGGUUGAGGAUCACGAUUUAGCCAUGGCUACUGGAUCCGGGACAAAUCAAAUCCCCACCAGUUCCACGCCAAUCACUGAAGCUGGCCCCAAAGAAACAUCUGUCGAAAUCUCUGGUGAUAGUGUACUGGCGACUACAUCUGCGCAGACUGGAGUUCCCGUUACGCCUUUGACAGUCAACCGACCGUACGAUUCUAACGACAUCGCAUCGUGGGGUAUACUGGUUCCCCGUUCCGGUCAAAAUACAGCGAAUCCAAUAGCAACCCAAAAUCCACUUCCACAACCAACUUCCAGUAUCCCAGCUUUUCUGGCAGCAGCUGAAAUCUCGCCGCCUACGUCAGCGCAGCAUGCUGGACCGUCGACACUCUCCAUGAACAUUUCUCCACCCCACGAAAGAUCCAGGGCGGAUCUAGAACGAGACCUGCUCGAGCUACAGCAGCAGCUAGCAAACCUGAAGCGGACGUCGUCUGGUCAGCAUCAUCCAGACCCAUGUCCGAACAGCAUCCCCAUACCGACGGCAGGAACUACUAACCUAAGUAACACUUUCGGAGCAGUGGCGCGGAGAAUUGUCAACGAUCAUCCAGUCCAAGUGUGCGGACCAAGUUCCCAGCAAAUUGCAGCGAGACAUGUCGUUCCCAAGGAGCUGCCGGAAUUCACAGGUGAUCCAAUAGACUGGCCGCUGUUCGUAAGCAGCUAUAACAACUCCACGCGCAUGUGUGGUUACACGGACGACGAGAACCUCAUGCGGCUUCAACGGUGUCUCAAGGGAAAUGCGAAGGAAGCUGUUCGAGGGCAUCUUUUCCAUCCGUCUUCGGUACCACAAGUUAUGGCGACCUUGGAAACCCUCUUCGGAAGACCGGAACUGAUCGUGAAGUGCCUGAUGAAUAGAGUUCACGAAACACCAGCGCCGAAGGCGGACAAGCUAGAAAGUCUUAUCAGCUUCGGGCUUGCCGUGCAGAACCUGUGCAGCCAGCUGCGGUCUAUGGGUAUGGCUGCCCAUUUGUCGAAUCCCACUCUGCUGCAAGAGCUAGUGGAGAAGCUUCCGGCCAACAUUAAACUGGACUGGGCUAUGCACCAAAGACAGAUUCCGCUAGUGGAUUUAAAUGCUUUCGGCACGUAUAUGACAACGAUUGUGUCGGCAGCUAGCAACGUUACAUUCUACAUUGAACCGCUUCGAAAGCAAGACAAGCUCAAAGGGAAGGAUAAGGGUUUCGUGAAUGCCCAUUCUUCGGAACCAGACCGGAAAGCCAACCGUGACGACCGAAAGGAAGUUGUUAGCCAGAGCACCACCUACCAACCGAAGCCGUGUUUGAUGUGUAAAAAGGAUGGGCACAAGCAGUUGAACCUGUGUCGUCGCUGCCUGAUUCCUCAUGGCAAGUGGCCAUGCAAAGCCACAGUAUGCGGUGAGGGUAAUUGUAAGGAACGUCAUCACCAGUUACUUCACCCUGGGAAACCUCAAGCACCACAACCCGAAGCGUCAACGUCAUCGAAAGAUCAGGCAACAUCUGUUCCGUCAGCGUCUGUAAACGUUCAUCGGCAGCUCCCGUGCCCGGUACUUUUCCGUAUACUUCCCGUAACACUGCAUGGGAGAAAGGCGUCGAUUAACACGUUGGCAUUCCUCGACGAUGGUUCAUCGUAUACGUUGAUGGAGAAGGAUUUAGCGGACGAAUUAGGCGUGGAAGGUGAAGCAGAACCAUUGUGUUUGCAGUGGACCAGCAAUAUCAAGCGAACUGAAUGGGAGUCACAAAACGUCCAACUAGAAAUCUCUGCCGCUGGCAAGGAUCGAAAGCAUUCGCUGGAACAUGUGCGGACGGUCGAAGCCUUGAAUCUUCCUCCGCAGUCAUUGGACUAUAAGGAAAUGGCAAACAAGUUCGACUAUCUCCGAGGACUUCCUGUAAACAGUUAUGCAACCGCGGCUCCUCGUAUUUUGAUCGGUGCCGACAAUGCAAAACUACUGCUAACCCUCAAGAAACGGGAAGGAAGGUACAGCGAACCAGUUGCAACGAAAACGAGGCUAGGCUGGACGAUCUACGGCAAGGUGGAAGCACUCGACAGCGCACCAGAUCACCGGCUUCUCCAUAUUUGUGCGUCUUCUUGCGACCAGCAGCUUCACAACGCAGUUAAAGAUUUCUUUUCGAUUGAGAAUGUUGGGGUCGCUUUAGUUCCACUCCUAGAAGGCGAAGAAGAUCGAAGGACUCGGGAAAUACUAGAGGCGACCACAGUGCGAACACCUUCUGGGCGUUUCCAGACAGGUUUGUUAUGGAAAUUUGAUUAUAUCGAGUUUCCAGAGAAUCGAUUCAUGGCAGAGAAGCGCUUGGUGUGCCUGGAACGGAGCUUGUUGAAGAAACCGGAACUAUACGCCAACGUUCGACAACAAAUCCUCGAUUACCAAACGAAAGGCUACGCUCAUAGGCUGACGGAACCAGAAUCUAGAAACAGUGAUCCAAGAAGAGUCUGGUACUUGCCGUUAGGUGUAGUGCAAAAUCCCAACAAACCUGGAAAAGUGCGAGUCGUGUGGGAUGCUGCGGCGAAAACCUUCGGCGUAUCUCUCAAUUCCAUGCUGCUGAAAGGUCCGGAUCUACUUACGUCGCUGCCAGCCGUGUUAUUCCGUUUCCGUCAGAGAGAGGUUGCCAUUACCGGCGACAUAAAGGAAAUGUUCCACCAGAUCCUAAUUCGACCGGAAGACCGACAUGCUCAACGGUUCCUGUGGCGCGACAAUCCUGGAGUUCCUGUGCAAGAAUUCAUCAUGGACGUUGCCACCUUUGGGUCGACAUGCUCACCGUGCUCCGCCCAGUACGUAAAAAACAAAAAUGCUGAAGAGUGGAAGCAAAGAUAUCCGGAGGCCGCUACAGCUAUUGUUGAGAAUACAUACGUGGACGACUAUGCGAACAGCUCAGACACGGUAGAGGAGGCGGUUCGCGUAGCGCUCGAGGUAAAAGAGAUCCAUGCAAGUGCCGGAUUCGAAAUACGAAAUUGGCUCUCUAAUUCCACGGAAGUUCUUCGACGGGUCGGGGAACAAAGAUCUCAAGCCACGAAAUCCUUUGUUGCGGAAAAAGCUACGAAUUCGGAACGAGUCCUAGGAAUGGCGUGGGUACCUGAGAGCGACGAGUUUACGUUUGCCCUCAAACUGCGAGCCGACGUUCAACAACUGCUAGCAGAAGAAGUAAUUCCAUCGAAGCGUCAAGUCCUACAAGUUGUUAUGAGCAUCUUCGAUCCCCUGGGGCUAGUGGCAGCGUUUGUUGUGCAAGGCAAGUGUUUAAUACAGGACAUAUGGAGAGCUGGCGUGGACUGGGACGACUGCAUUCCGGAAGCUUUGCUUUGCCACUGGCGGCGCUGGAUUGAAGUGCUUCAAAAUUUGAACUAA